AUGAAUAGCGCAACAAGCGAAGAGGACCGGAGAAUUAUUGCGAGAGGACUCCAAGACAUCGAGAAGUUCAAAAAGAUGUUAGCCUCAUUCAAGGAAAUUCAUGAAGUUGGAACUCCGGAGUAUGAAAAGAUCAAUCAGCAGAAAAGGAACUACACGUCCCUGCAAAAUGGACCAAAAGUUCCUUCAAUAGAAAUUCAUAACGAUGAUGGAGAACAAAUGGAUUACAACUCGCAAGAAGAACCCGAGACCAAACGUUUCAAGACGAAUUCUGGCGGAUCAACUUCUAAUUAA